AUGGGUCAGAUCUAUGAGGCAUGGGAGUCUCAGAAAGAGGGAACUGACAGAACAGGAGUGGACAUUUCUUCCCUUCCUGUACUUGCUGCAGACAUCAUGAUCUCUGGGUUUCCAAUAGAACUGAUGGAUGGUGAUGCCGCUCAUGUUCCGAUGCAGUGGAUAGAUGCUGUUUUGGGAAAAGUUGUGGAGAAAAUAGGUAACGAGAGACUCUUUGUUUUGUCUGUUCUUGGUCUUCAGAGCACUGGGAAAUCCACUAUGCUGAAUGCCAUGUUUGGCCUACAGUUUGCAGUAAGUGCAGGUAGAUGCACCCGAGGUGCUUUCAUGCAGCUGGUAAAAGUUUCAGGAGAGGCACAAAAAGAGCUGAAGACUGACUACUUUUUAGUGGUUGAUACAGAGGGACUUCGGGCUCUGGAGCUGGCAGGAAAAGCAACUGUUCACCAUGACAAUGAGUUGGCAACAUUUGUCAUUGGCCUUGGCAACAUGACCCUGAUCAACGUCUUUGGAGAAAAUCCAGCAGAAAUACAUGACACUGUGCAAAUUGCCAUUCAGGCCUUCCUCAGAAUGAAGAAGGUGAAACUGAGUCCCAGCUGCAUAUUUGUUCACCAAAAUGUGGCUGAUAUUGCAGCAGGAGAAAAAAACAUGGAGGGGAAGAAACGUUUGCAAGAGAAGUUGGAUGAGAUGACCUGCUUGGCAGCCAAGGAGGAAGAGGAGUGUGAUGUGAAGUGUUUUAAUGAUGUGAUUUCAUUUGAUGUGACAAGAGACAUCCAAUACUUUGCUCAGCUCUGGGAAGGGAAUCCACCAAUGGCCCCACCUAAUCCACGAUAUGCAGAAAAUGUCCAGGAUCUCAAGAAGAUUAUUCUUUCUGUGGCUAAACAGCAGAAAGGAAUCAGUAUCUCAGAUUUCUGUGUUUGUGUGAAGGACUUGUGGAGUGCAUUGCUCAAUGAAGACUUUGUUUUCAGCUUCAAAAAUACACUUGAAAUUGUUGCUUACAGAAAGCUUGAAGCUGAAUACGGGAAUUGGACCUGGACUCUCAGGAGUGCCAUGCAAGUCAUAGAAAAUACACUCUACAACCGCAUAGAAAAUGGUUCUCUGGAAGCCGUGGACAAAGAAUACUUACGAUCAGAAAUGAACAUUUCAUAUCAAACAGUUCAGACCAAGAUGAAUCAGUACUUCUCUAAAGACAAAGACAAAGAAAUUCUUUCACAGUGGAAAUGUAGGAUUGAAAUGAGAAUUGAGGAUCUCCACAGGGAUCUGAUAGAUGAAACUAAAAGGAAGUUUGAUGAGAUCAUUCAACAGAAAACCGCCUGUAAAGAACUGGAGGAAAACAGAACUUGUUACGAAAAAGAGUUCAAAUUGGACCUACUGUUGUAUCUGUGUGACAUGGCAAAGAAGGAAUUCACAGACCUUCACCGCCAGUUCAGGGAGGCCAACGAUCCACGUGUUUUCCUGGAGAAGAAGGAAACCGAGUAUUACAGCAUCUUCAAGAUUCACUGCAAAGAUACAACUUCAGCUGUUGCAGUGGCUGAUAUUCUGUGUAUGAAGCUCAAACCCCGUAUUCUGCAGGCUGUUUAUAACCAAUCCGCUGUUGAUGUGGCCGAUACAAUUAGAAGAAAUUCUGAAGCAUUCAGAGGGAACAAGUCUAAUCUGGAGAAACAUUUCUUGAAGUCUCUGGCAAAAUCAAAGAAAUUUGAGGACUUCAUAAAAUAUGUACAUGACCCACGAAAAUACUUUGAAAAUUUCAUAACUGAACAUGUAAAAAAUCAGUUGGGUACAAAUCAAAGUUUUCUCCAAAUUUUUAAAAACAAUCUGAAGGCAAAACUGGCCUGUGUUACUGAUGCAGUGGAAGCCGCUACAGAACAAGUAAAAAACCGAAAGGAAGACAGUGAUGAAAGUCAGGAGGACAGUGCUGACACCAGUCAGGAAGAGGCCAACGUGUGGCUGGACAGUUUUUGUAAAAAGCUUGCAGACAAGCUGGAAUUUUCCAUGAAGGUUCUUAAAGGGAUCAAUUUAGGUGAGAUCUUUAACUUUGACAACCUUAAAGAGACAAUGAAGAGAGCACUGGAUGGACUCACUGAAGACUUAAACCCAGAGUUCAGCAGCCUGUCCUCAAUACAAAUGGAGCUUUUUCGGGAAACACCUGCAGAGAUCUUGAUAAAGCAGCUGUGCGACUGCUGCUGGGUUCGUUGCCCUUUUUGUGCCGCCAUCUGCUCCCGCACCAUAAGAAAUCACGAUGGAGACCACAGUGUCUCUUUUCAUCGACCCACUGCAGUAAGUGGUUUUCAUUACAGAAACACUGAUGUUUUCUCAAUUAUUAUUUGUACUACUGCAGUUUCAAGUUCCGAAUCAUUUUAUCCAGAUUCAUCUGAUCGUUUAGUCAAGUAUAAAAAGUACAGAGAAGCUGGUGAGAGGUUUGCCUGUUGGAGCAUCACUCCGGACACCUCAGAAUUACCCUACUGGAAAUGGUUGGUGUGUCAGUUCAAAAACGAACUGGAGAGUCACUACAAAUAUAAAUUCAAAAAACGUGGUGAAAUCCCUGCAGCUUGGAAAGAACUGACUGAAGAAGAUGCUCUUGGGAGUUUAGAGAAAAUCUGA